UUAUGUUAAUUUCUCUUCUGACCACUCUCCUGACCCAACAAGCAACAUCUCUGGUGACUGGGAUGACUUCCUCGCCGAGGAGGAAAUUUUUGAUGAUGUCAUCGAUGAGGCAACUCAAGUUCUGAUGUCAAGCUUAGAAGAUCUGCAUGAAGCUGCGUAUGAUCCUCGAAGUGCUCCAAGGAAGUACAUCAGAAGGCCAAGGGAGCAGUACCAUCAGCAUCUGGUUGAUGAUUAUUUCUCAGAUAAUCCUCUGUACCCGCCAAAUGUUUUUCGACGGAGAUUCCGUAUGUCCAGGCCACUCUUUCUACGCAUCGUUGAUGAGUUAGGAAAAUGGUCUGAUUAUUUCAUUACAAAGUUGGAUGCUCUUAAUCGUCAAGGCCUAACACCACUGCAAAAAUGCACGACGGCUAUUCGUCAAUUGGCUAAUGGUAGUGCUGCAGAUCAUCUAGAUGAAUAUUUAAAAAUUGGUGACAGUACUGGAUUAGAGGCGAUGAAGAUGUUUGCUGAAGGUGUUAUCGCAGUUUUUGGUGGACACUAUUUGAGGCACCCUACUGUGGAAGAUGCUGAGCGUUUGCUUAAAAUUGGCGAGAGUCAAGGUUUUCCUGGCAUGUUCGGUAGUAUUGACUGUAUGCAUUGGCAGUGGGAAAGAUGUCCCAAUGCAUGGAAGGGCCAAUUCACUCGGGGUGAUCAAAAAGUCCCAACCAUAAUACUUGAGGCCGUGGCUUCUCAUGAUCUUUGGAUUUGGCAUGCAUUCUUUGGAGUUGCUGGUUCUAAUAAUGAUAUCAAUGUUCUUAACCAAUCAACUCUAUUUAUUGAAGAGCUAAAGGGGCAAGCUCCUCAAGUGCACUACGCGGUCAAUGGAAAUCAGUACAGUACUGGUUAUUAUCUUGCUGAUGGAAUAUACCCUGAAUGGGCUGUAUUUGUGAAGAGCAUAUCCUUGCCGAUCACGGAGAAGGACAAAUUAUUUGCACAGGAACAAGAAUCGAAGAGAAAGGAUAUUGAACGAGCAUUUGGUGUCUUGCGACGUCGCUUUUGCAUUUUGAAGAGACCAGCUCGUCUACAUGAUCGAGGACAACUUGAGAAAGUUGUGCUAGCGUGCCUCAUACUUCACAAUAUGAUAGUCGAAGAUGAAAAAACAAAUGACAAUAUUGAAGAGGAUCUUGAUUUGAACGAGGCUCCAAGUACAACGACUGUUCAUGCACCAGCGUUCUCCCCUGAAGAUUAUGUCACAUUUGAAAGAGUACUAGAGAAGGAUGCUGAUAUUCGAGAUAGCUCAACCCAUAAACAACUUAAGAAGGAUUUGAUUGAGCAUAUUUGGAGAAGGUCAAGGGCCCGCCGAAACACAUCUUGAGUUUGGGUUACUAUAUGUAAUAUAUUUUAUAUAAACGAUACAAUUUAUCUCGUAUCAUUAUUGAUAUAAGUUACUCUUUGUUUGGGUUAUGUAUCUUGA